UGACAAUAUUUACAAAACUCUAAUAAGCCAGAACCUCUACGUGGACAACUUUCAAGGGACAGUUGAUUGCCAACAACGACUAUUUGAUGUCUACGAAAAUGCAAACAUGGAAUUAGCCAGGGCUAAUCUUCCCCUGAGGGUGUGGGUCUCUAAUAAUGCGGCCCUUAAUAGUAGAAUUGCGGAGGAUUUUGAAGAUUAUACAGUUCCUUCUUCUACUAGCGUAUUGGGUCUGUACUGGGAUGUUCAGAAUGACGAGCUAAGUAUCAAACCACCUGCUCUUGUGGACCACAGUUCCCUUAGCAAGAGGAAAUUAUUGUCUCUGAUAUCUUCAGUAUUUGACCCGCUUGGGUUACUAGCACCAAUUACCAUCAGGGGAAAAUUACUAGUAAAAGAAGCCUGGCAAAUGAAGCGUGGUUGGGACGAGCCUUUGCCUCCCUCCUUUACAGAGGAAUGGCUGAAAUUAAAAGCUGAUUUCUUGAAAGCAGAUGCCAUCCUUUUCCCCCGAAAUAUAGGGCAAGAUAAUAAGUCAUGUACGCUUCACGUAUUUUGUGAUGCCUCAGCGAAGGCGUAUGGAGCAGUAGCCUACCUUGUGUCAGACGACAAGAGCAACAUAUUAACUGCCAAAGCUAGAGUAACACCAAUGAAAGUUCGCUCACUCCCACAAUUGGAACUAACAGCUAUACAAGUGGGAACGCAACUAGCAAAGUAUGUUACAAACACUCUUAAGACUUUGAACAUAGAAAAUGUCUUCAUAUGGUCGGAUAAUGAAGCUGCUCUUCAAUGGAUAAAAAACAAUAACAGCAAUAUAGUUUAUGUCAAAAACAGAGUAGCGAGUAUAAGAGAACUCGCUUCUAACUUCAACUUUAACUGCGUACCAUCCAGCAGCAACCCGGCGGAUCUUCUGUCAAGAGGAACAUCCCUGGAUAAUUUAUUAAAGGAAACGCUCUGGAUGCAUGGGCCCUUUUGGAUAGACCGUCCAGACAAGUGGCCAGCACAGAAAGAAAACGUGGUUAGCGUAAACACCGUAGUAGAGGCAGUUACUUGUGACCCCAUAUUCAAGGCUUCAGAUAUGUCUUCUCUUACAAAGAUUAUUAAUGUAACCAAUAAUGUCUUCAAAUUCAUCAAGGCAGUUAAGCCUUCGGUGCAACUACCGAGUGCAAUGACAUACUGGUUGCAAGGCAUACAACAGUAUCAUUAUCAAGAAGAAUACGAAUAUCUCACUUCUAAGAAUUACUUCACUAAAGGAAAACUAAGUUUAGUAAGAAGCCUUGGUUUGUAUAUGGACUCAAACACUAAACUGAUUCACUGUAGAGGCAGACUAUCAAACAGUGAUAUAGGAAUUCCGGCAAAAUUUCCCAUAUUACUUCCUCGUCGAUCUUGGCUUACCUCACUUAUUGUGAGAAGAGCGCAUGAACAAACAUUGCAUGGAGGGGUAGCCGAGAAUCUGAGUUUAGUGCGGGAACAGUACUGGAUACCAAAAGGAAGACAGAUAGUAAAAAAUGAGAUCAGCAAAUGCCUUGUGUGUCGAAUCAUGAACGGAAGAAAGAUGAAGCUACCAGGUCCCCCUGCAUUACCUAAAGAAAGGGUAAUUCAUGCAGAACCUUUUCAUACGGUUGGGAUAGACUACACGGGAAGUAUAACUAUCAGUAACCCUACGAACAAUGGGUUUGAUAAGUAUUACAUUUGCUUGUUCACGUGUGCCACUACACGUGCUGUUCACUUGGAAUUAGCAAAGGACUUAACAGCGCAAACAUUUAUCAAUUUGUUAAGAAGGUUCAUUGCGCGGCGAUCCUCUCCUAAAGUAAUAAUAUCCGACAACGCCAGUAACUUCAAAGGGGCAGAAAAAUUCCUACAAAAUUUACAUGAAGAGCCACUUGUUAAAGCUCACCUGAAUAAACAUCUGAUUGAAUGGAGGUUUAUACCCCCCCGAGCCCCAUGGAUGGGAGGAUUUUAUGAACGGCUAAUUGGUGUAGUAAAGAGCUGCAUUAGGAAAGUUCUUUUCAAAAGGAAAAUUUCUGAGGAUGAAUUACGAACCAUCUUGACAGAAGUAGAAAUGCGGAUAAACAACCGCCCAUUAACCUACAUAGAUGAUGACGUCAGUCAUCCGCAACCCUUGACCCCUGCACAUUUGAUAUAUGGGAGACGUUUACAGCCUAUGCCUGUUGAUAUAGAAGAUAAAUCCACGGACCCAGACUACCUCAGCGUGGAUGAAUUGCAUAACAGAUACACAUUUAUUUGUGAGAGAAUUAAACACUGGGAAAGGGUGUGGAAGAAAGAAUACCUAAUGUCAUUACGCGAAAGGUUCUAUGGAGCCCAACCACCGAGUGAUAAAGACACCUUAAACGUGGGCGAUAUAGUGAUCGUUGAAACUGAAGGAAACAGAGAUUCUUGGCCUCUAGGAAGAAUUACAGCCAAGCAUCCUGACAAGUCUGGCAUCACAAGAGUAGUGGAGGUGAUUUCUAAAGGAACAAAAGGUUUAAAGACCAUUAACAAACUCAUUCCCUUAGAGUUACACUGUGAUCCUGAAGCGACUGAGACGAGUGAGGUGCAAUAUAAAGCGAGGCGUGAGGCCUUUACUAAAGCUCAACAGGCCAUCAGACACCUCAGUAAUGAGAAUGGAUUAAUGUAAAUAUUGUAAAAUUACUGUACAUGACAAUGGGUUAAAAUAUUUCCUUCGCGGGGAGGAUGUCAAAAAUUUAUUUGACAGGGAAUAAGAAAAAAAUAAAACUACAAAAAAAUGGGGGGAGUAAUUAUAAGAAAAAUGCUACUCCUACUUACGAGGAGAGGACUAGAUUGCACAGCUAACAACAACAACAAAAAUGCUACUCCUACUUACGAGGAGAGGACUAGAUUGCACAGCUAACAACAACAACAAAAAUGCUACUCCUACUUACGAGGAGAGGACUAUAUUACACAAGUAACAAAUAAAAAAUAAGUUAACCAGCAAACUAACUUAAAUAAAACGAUGCUUCAAAGAGCUGCUUCGAAUAGCGCUUCAGAGUGCGAGGGAAGGCAGCGAGAGAGGAAGCGAGCCUGUCAGAGGCAGCAGCUUAUAGCUAUUGAAAGAAGACGGGUCGGCGCUGGUUGUGAUCCACCGUCGGGCUCGAUAUUUACUUAGACACGGCAAGCAGUCGACGCCCUGGAUUUCUACUACUUACUGCCGGGAUACGUCAAACUACAAUACUGCUCCCGCAUCACCAGCCUUACCAGAUACGGCGAGCAGACACGACGCCCGGACUACUAUACUACUAACAACUAGGAUUCGUCGAUCAACAAUACUGCUGCCUGUCAUUAACACCCUGAUGGUUACAGCUAAGUACCUUUCUAGCAUUAAUCCUAAUUUGGCCAAAUAGGUGAGGUGUUAGGAGGGGAAAGAAAUACGCACGACUCACGAGAAUCGGAGACGUUGCGUAUGAAGCAGUACUGUACGUGUGGUGCGUCAUAACGUCCACGCGACAGAAGGGCAGUAAAGUGUUCGGCACCACGAAUAAGCGGUGUCGUUACGGAGCAUGAAAACAACAAACCUCAGUGGUUUGUUUAGGGUACGAGGACAACAUUCAAAUAACUGGAAUCCAUCUCCCUUUUAUGUGAGUAGAAACCUGAACACCUUUUUAUAAACCCAGCAUUUAACUGUGAGCCACACCUACGAAGGUGAGGGGAUUUCAGAGGGUUUACCCCAAUAAGUGGCUAUAUA